UCAACCACUACCCUCCAUUAGAGUCAAAAAGUUGACCAAUUAUUAUUUAUUUUAUUAUUCUCAACAUUAUUUUACUUUUCUUAUAUGACAAAGUAUUCUUCAUACAUGCAUUUAACCAAAUCCAAAGUGACAAUAAAUAACUGCAAACCAGCAUUGUUCAAGAAAACAAACACAAGAGGAAAGCCAAACAGGGUAAGUUUUCUCUAAACCUGAAAGAUGAACCAAGAAGAGCAAGUAAAGCUGAUGGGGUUAUGGGGAAGUCCUUUUAGUAAAAGAGUAGAGAUGGCCCUAAAACUUAAGGGCAUACCUUAUGAGUACAUUGAAGAAGAUGUUUAUGGUAACAAGAGCCCUAUGCUUCUCAAGUACAACCCUGUCCACAAGAAGGUCCCUGUCCUCAUCCACAAUGGUAGAUCGAUAGCUGAAUCUUUGGUGAUUGUCGAAUACAUCGAAGAUACGUGGAAGACAAGUCACACGAUAUUGCCUCAAGAUCCUUAUGAACGUGCCAUGGCCCGUUUUUGGGCUAAGUAUGUGGAUGACAAGGUAAUGUUAGCAGUGAAGAAGGCUUGUUGGGGACCGGAGAGUGAAAGAGAAAAAGAAGUGAAAGAGGCUUAUGAGUGUUUGAAAUGUUUAGAAAAAGUGCUUGGAGAUAAACUUUUUUUCGGAGGAGAGACAAUUGGAUUUGUCGAUAUAGCGGCUGAUUUCAUAGGAUAUUGGUUGGGGAUCUUCCAAGAAGCUUCAGGCGUCACGAUCAUGACCGCGGAGGAGUUUCCAAAACUUCAACGUUGGUCGGAAGAUUUCGUGGGAAAUGACUUUAUUAAGGAAGUCUUGCCGCCUAAGGAGAAGCUCGUGGCUGUUUUGAAGGCCAUGUUUGGAAGUGUUACAUCUAAUUAAACGUAAUAAGACCGUCGUAAUUGAUUGUUUGGUAAUAGAAGAAAGUUUUUAAUUAUUGCUCAAUUUGGGGAAAAUAUAGUUUAUCUGUUUACUUAGAUACCUUUAUCUGUUUAUUUAGACUCAAAAGUGGUGACGAAAACAAAUCAAGCUGGUUCAACACUAAAAAUUAUUGAAAAAAAAAAAACUAGAUUAUUGAAAUUGUAGUGAAACGACGAGUGGUUGAUGGAUAAAGGUACGUUAAUGUUUUCA